AUGUCAAAUAAAGAAAACGAGUGGGAUUCAAAUAGGGGAUUAAAGGAAGAUGAUGAAAACGAGAAGGAAAAUAUAAAUAAUAAAUCAGAAACGGAUGAAAAAAGUGAAAAUAUUAAAAAUAAUGUCAAUAAGAAAAAUGGUACGAUGGAAAAAGGAAAAGAAAAGUUAGCACUCGGUGGUUUCGAGUUAAAAGAAUACGUUAUAGAAGACAUGAGAAAAUUUCACGAACGUUUAGUUCCGGCCAAAAGAAAAAGUACCGUUUCCGGAAAAUUAACGUUUUUCAAACAUUUUACAAGAAAUCAAAAAAUCGUUUUAUCUUGUUUAUGCUUAGUUGAAUUUACUAGUUUUUGUUCGAUGUCGAUAAUGGCACCUUUUUUUCCAAAAGAAGCAUUGGAAAAAGGUAUGUCGGAAACGACGGCGGGUUUAGUUUUUAGUUUUUACGCACUUAUUAUUUUUCUAUCGUCUCCAUUCCUUGGUAAAAUUCUUCCGCAAGUGGGUGCGAAAUUUUUAUUUCUUUCCGGUUUGUUUUUGACAAGCAGUUGUAAUUUUUUAUUUGGUUUGUUAGGAUACAUAAAUGAAGAAUGGGUUUUCACAACUUUAUGCUUCAUAGUUCAAGGUUUUAAAGCUCUCGGUGCGAGCGCUUAUGCCACGGCAACUUAUGUUUUCGUGGCAGAAGUUUUCCCGCUAAAUAUCGGCGCCAUAUUGGGUGUUAUGGAAACUUUCGUGGGUUUGGGUAUGAGCACCGGACCUGCCAUCGGGGGUUUCUUUUAUUGCGUCGGAGGUUUCGGUCUUCCAUUUUAUAUUUUAGGAGCCAUACUUUUGCUUACGUUUCCGUUAGCGUUUUGGUUACUUCCGGUUACACGAGGUGGUAACAAUGUUAAAAGAAAACACGGAUCGUCUUUAUUGAGCAUAUUAAAAGAACCGAGCGUCAUAAUAAUCGGCCUCGUCGUCGUGGCAAAUUCAAAUAUUUGGUCGUUUUUAGAUCCGACGUUGGAACCGCAUUUAAGAGAAUUUGAUCUAACGCCGGAAAAAAUCGGAUUUAUAUUUUUAUUGUUUUCUGCUCUUUACGGCCUUUCUAGUCCUUUAUGGGGAAUAGUUUCCGACAAAACCGGAAAUCAUUGGUUUAUGAUGUCUAGCGGUUUGCUGUCGGCAACAAUCGGUUUGUUACUACUCGGCCCUGCACCUUUUAUUACAUUUUUAGAAAGUAAACUUUGGUUAAAAUUGGUUGCAUUGUCGAUACUCGGAGUAUCCGUCGCUCUUUCACUAUUACCAACUUUUCAAAGUUUGGUCACUUGCAUAGUAGGAAACGGUCGUAGCGAUUUAACCACAUUCAGUAUUGUUUCCGGACUUUGGUCCAGUUUAUACGCUCUCGGAGAAGUCAUUGGUCCGUUGGCUGGAGGACUCAUGGCACAACAUUACGGUUUUGCUUUCUGUUGUACCGUAAUGGCCGGCGUGACGUUUACCCUAUCAGUAGGAACUUGUUUAUUUUUUUCGAGCAAAGACUGUAUAAAGAAUAGGCGUGGAAAGGUAGUAGUAAGAGGAGGAGGAGAAGGCGGAGGAGAAGGAGGAGGAGAAGGAGAAAGAGAAGGAGGAGGAGGAGGAGGAGGAGAAGGAAAAGGAGGGGGAAAAGAAAGUUGA